AUGGCGAGUAACGUGAUAUUUAUUGUCACUCUGUGCAUAUUCUCUGUGUGCUUCCUGACCAUAUGGAAGUACUCGGGCAUGGAACACGAGGAUAGAAAGUUCAAGGCGAUCCUGAUAACGUUCUUUAUGGUGAUGCUAUUUCAGUUCCUGGUUUUCGAUCCAUUACGAUUUUUGGUACUUGCCAUUGACGCGGCCUGCUGGCCAAGGCUGCAACGGCCGCCCGUUCCGGACCCGGAAGCAAAGAGGCACACCCGCAUGGACUAUCUGAAGCUGCGGCUACGCAGCUUGCGCAGUCAGCUAUUGAUCACGGAGAAACAUCGCAACGAGGAGCUGAACCUCAAGUACAGGACCAUUGUCCGCGAGCUCUGGGUGUACGGAAAGUUGUUCCUUAUUCACUUGUUUCUGAAUCUGGCGCUGGUGAACCGGCUGCUGUACUACAAUGGGGAGUCCAUCGAGAACCUAAUGAAGUAUAAUCACACCGAUUCGAUUGGCCUGAGCAACGUACUGUUCCUACAUCAACUGUAUCCCUUCAUUGAGCACACGCUGAUCAAUGGCUUCUUGAACAAUGAUCAUCAUCGUCUCACCUCGCACUGGAACCAUGUGAAUAGCACACAGCUGGUGGGCGUAAUACAAAUGCGGCUGUUACGGGACACCGGAGAACAUUACGGCUUAAGUGAUCCGGAGUACACCAAAAAGGAAUAUUCCGAGGGCUGGAGCCUGCCUAAUGUACGCGAACCCUACACCAACAAGUACUGGUCCAUCUAUCUACCUUGGCUGCCGAUGUCCAAAAACUACAGUUUCUUUGAGAAAUUUUUUCUUAGCAUUAGACAGUACGGAUACUUUGCAAUGUAUCCCGAGCUGACAGGCUACGCAACUACUCUGCGGAAUACGAGGAAGGACAGCAUUAAGGUGCUCGAAUAUCUGUACGAAAAGAAUUGGCUCGACCAAAGGACCGCAGCUCUCUUCUUGGACUUCACGCUGUACAAUGUGGAUGCAAAUAUGUUCAGUGUGAUCACUCUGCGGUUCGAGAAUCUGCCCUACGGCAUUAUACACAGCAGCAUGUACGUCAAUAGUGUUUCGUUGACGGAGUCGGCGGAGACCCUGCCAUGGUUUGGCAUGAUUUGUUUGUUCGCCUACGUGAUUAUCUGGCUGGAGCUUGGCAUGACCGUGAUUGUGCCCUUGUGGUUUGAGCCAAAGCGAUUGAAGUUGUUCUGGGUGAAAAUUGACCUGGCGAUCCUAUUACUCAGCAUGAUAGUUGUGACCUUAAUGGCUAUGAGGGAUGGCGUUGUCUCCAGACUGCUCGCUGUAUUAGAGAUGUCCAACACGCUUGAUUUCAUUGACUUUCGGAUACCGGCGCGCAUGACCGAGUUUACCGUGAUUUUAAUGGGCUUCCUCGUCUGCCUGGUCACGUUGCGUCUGUGGAAGGUGAUGCAGUUUUCCAGCAUCUUUCAGGUCUUUACGAUGACGCUGUCCUUGGCCUGGCAAGCGCUCUUCAGCACGGCCUGUGUGAUCGGCAUUUUCAUGAUGGGAUUCGGCAUUGCCACGGUCUGCAUUAAUGGCAACAACAGUGAUAACUUUAGGAGCCUGCUGCAAGGCAUGGCUACCGUAAUGUGCUUCUCCUUUGGCUUCACUAGCCACGUCGCGCCGAAAGAUCUCUUCCACGGUGGCUUAUGGAUGGGCAUUCUUAUCUACGGCAUAAUGUCCUUUACCAUCGCAAUAUUGCUAACAAAUGUGUUCGUGUCGAUACUCAACAACUACUUUACCGCAGCCAAGGCAGUGCGAGAUCGUAAACGCAAGGAUCAGAUCUCAUUCUGGGAAUUCCUUUGCGUCGAGUAUGCGGACAUCAUCCGUACCGUACGGGAAGCAUUUGGGUGUGAGCACAAGUACAGGCGCAAGAACCGCACCGUUGCCGAGAACAUCAAGCACACGAUGGACCUUCAAGCGGCUGCUGUUGCUUCAGCUCGUUUCAAGCGGGGAAAAGGCCAUAAGUCGUCAAUUAAGUUGAAAGGCGGGGUCGUGACGGAUGAUGAAGCCGAGGAACAUGAGCGCAAGGCGCAGGCCCAGCACAAGGAUCGCAUUGCCAGGACAUACACGAUAGCAGCCAUUCUCCAGACGCAGAUGGAAAUCGCUGAGCGAACCCUCUUCGGCGACAAGGAGGGAAAUCUCCUCGGCGAGGACGAGAAUGACCUGCACGAGCAGGUUCCGGAUCUUCCCAGACAAUACGUGUAA